CCAGUCGGUGACGUUCCCGGAAGUGGGCGGGCGCUGGUUUGUUGUAGUUUGUCUGGUUUUGCGCUGUGAUCGGUAACUGGCAAGGUACGGGAGACUAACACAUAAUGGCUAUGAAUUACAACGCUAAAGAGGAGGAUGGGCAUCAUAACUCCUCGGGAUCUGGACCCGGCGGUACCGUGAAGAGUAGGAAGCCGGAUAAUACGGCCUUUAAGCAGCAGCGGCUCCCUGCCUGGCAGCCUAUCCUCACUGCUGGCACUGUGCUGCCGGCGUUUUUCGUUAUCGGCAUUAUCUUCAUCCCUAUAGGUAUCGGGAUAUUAGUCACUUCUAACAACAUACGGGAGUUUGAGAUUGAUUACACUGGAAUAGAGCCAGACAGCCCAUGCCACAAGUGUUUAAAUGCUACAUUGAGCGGUGCUACCUGUUACUGUACAAUUAAUUUUACUCUGGACUAUGCAUUUGAGAGCACUGUGUUUAUGUAUUAUGGACUGUCGAAUUUCUAUCAGAAUCAUCGGCGGUAUGUGAAAUCUAGAGAUGACAGUCAGUUGAAUGGAGACAAAUCCUCCUUAACGAAUCCAAGUAAGGAAUGUGAGCCCUAUCGCACCAGUGAUAAUAAGCCCAUUGCUCCAUGUGGUGCCAUUGCCAACAGCAUGUUUAAUGAUUCACUUACGUUAUAUAACCUUUCUAAUGGAAGAGAAAAGAUUGAAUUGAAAAAGAAUGGUAUCGCAUGGUGGACUGAUAAAAAUGUGAAAUUCAGAAAUCCAACUGGCAAUACAAGUGAUCUCCAAGACAUUUUUAAAGAUACUACAAAGCCAAUUAACUGGCAGAAACCGGUUUACCAACUUGAUCCACAAGACCCAAGUAACAAUGGAUUUGUCAAUGAAGAUUUUAUUGUGUGGAUGCGAACAGCUGCUUUGCCAACAUUUAGAAAGCUUUAUCGUCUGAUCGAGAAGAAGGAUGCUACAUACCCUGCCUUGCCACCAGGCAAUUACUCCUUGGAAAUUGAAUAUAAUUACCCUGUUAUCAGUUUUGAUGGAAGGAAGAGAAUGAUCCUGAGCACUAUCUCAUGGAUGGGAGGAAAAAAUCCGUUCUUAGGAAUUGCUUACAUAACUGUGGGCUCCAUAUGUUUUUUCCUUGGCGUUGUGCUGCUUAUCAUACAUCAUAAAUAUGGAAAUCGUAAUACUAGCGCUGAUAUUCCAAAUUAAAUUUCUGUCUUGCAUGUGUAUCUAGGAAAUGUACACGGCUUGUAUGUUUGUGCCCUAAUGUAAUACUUUUUCUUUCUGAACAGUGUUCAUUUUAAGGCCCUUUUAUUGUCAUGCCCUGGGAAGGGGGAAUAGCAGAGUAUAUUUAUAAAUCAGAUGUGCAAGGUUUGAUAUGUUUUUGUUUAUUUGUUUUCUCUUUAAUAUAAGCUAGCGCCAUGUGAAGUACAUUAUUUUUAAUAUGUAAUUAGAUAAGCAUAAAUCUGCAACCUUAUCCAACAGAUAUUUUUAUUGGGGUGGUGGGGACAAAACACUCAAUGAACAUUUACACUUCUGUAGACUAGAACACAUUUUCUCUUAACAGAAGCUGUUACUGAAAAAAGGGUUAUAACCUGCAUCCUUGUAUUGCCACUGGACCUGUUUUAGAGUUUGUGGGAGCUCUGUAUACAUGAGUCUAGCAUGUGAAAUUGUAAAACUAAUCCUCGCUAAAAUUUGUAUUUUGUCAUAAUUGUGCAUUCCAGCUUUUUUUUUUUUUUUUUUGGUGUUCUGUAAUUCUCUCUUUUCCUAUUCCUUUUUUCCUCUUUAACAUAUACCUUUCCCCCUCUUGGUCUAUUUUCACUUUAUCUCUUGUAGCUUCAUAUAGGGCACUAGGGAGUGAAACAAUAAUAAAAAUGUUGUUCUACUGAGAGAGAAAAAAAGACGGUUUCCUUUUAAAUGUAUGUUCCAGUAACAACCUGUCUGGAGCUGGUAAGGAAAUGGGCAGUGUUAGUCAUGUUGGUACAUAAACCAUCUUUCUCAUCCUUAGAAUGCACUAAAUUGUAUAUACCAGUAGCAGUGACCCACGCAAUAGAAGUGUGCCAUUAUCAUCAGGGGCAGCUGCUAUAUAUAAAAAAAAAAUAUAUAUAUAUAUAUAUAUAUAUAUAUAUACCCUUUAAACAUUCUGCAGUCUAGGUAGAGGGUCCUGGCUGGGAUAUUUCAUGGAAAAGAUGACCUGCUUAUUCCCCUAGUUUAAUUGAAAUAAAUUCUGUCAUCAUGCGAUUUACUAUGCAAGGCAAUCCAUUUUGCACAUAAUGUUUUAUGAAGUGUUUUACAUCUGAAUAUUUUCCUGUGUUUGUUUUGUUUUAAGACGGAGCUGGGAUCUAUGGCCUACAGUGUAUUGGCUGAACUAAACCUCAUUUAAACUUUUAUUAAAGCUAAUUUCAAUCUUGUUAAAUUAUAUCUGAUUGUUGAUCUUUUUGUUGUAGUAGGAGGGCAAAAUCAUAAUUCGCUUCCAUUUUUAGAUGUAUAUUACGUAGAUGGUGGAGGAUUGUUUUCUGUAAUUUGCCUAAUUUUAAUGAUGUGAAUAUUCUCUGGUGUUUAAGUACAGUCCAUUGCUUAAGUUAUUUUAAAUCUAUAAAUAAAUGUACAUUUUUAAUUCAA